CCGAUAUGAUAACCGAAUCCAAAUAUUAUUAUGUCAAUCGUGCGAUCGUAGACCGCAGUCCGUAAAAUCUUCGACGGAAUCGUUGCGUCUUUAUUCUAAAAUGUUCUUUGUUAACGUCUCCUACCAAUAAUUUUAAAUCGUUUUCGUCGUACUGUCGUUGCUAUGAUACACACUACACGUCGUAAUUAAUUAUUAAUUUCGCCGCGCCGAGACCGUUACGUACGCAAAACGUAAAACGACGUUCAAUAAUUGUUCGUUAUAAUAUUACAGGACACUUCUCGCCCGUCAGUGCGAACAUUGUCAUAAUGGUAGUGGCCAACGCAAACGGUAGCGCGUACACACCGACCGUCGUGGCGCAGGUACGUUACAUGUUACAGUGGUUUGGCGAGUGGAGCGAAAUGGAACGCGGUGACUUCCUGCCGGUUUUGGUUCACGGGUUCGGAGGUACCGCCGCCGCUGCCAACGGUCUACCGGCGAUCAUGGAAACCCUGUGCAAAGAGGAAGGCCGUCCGCUCAGUCUGUUCAAAUGCCGCAUCAAGCUGUUCACCGAAUGGGUCCAGACGUGGUCCGACGACGACAAAGACAGCUUCCUGAGCGGCAUACGUUCCAUGGACGCUGAUUUCGCCGAGAGAUACGAACAAAAAGCUGUCGGCCAUGUGGUCAGUAGCUCAGAGCACUGCAACGGUAUCAAUGGGGAUGAAAAUCCCGAUGAAUUGCCAGAAAAAACGAUUUAAAUAGACUACGCUCAUCCGCAUAUUAUAAACUCUGUGAUUUCAAAUAAUAGGUACUUCAUUGUGGGUCGGAUGGUUUUACUCGGCCAUUCUUGUAUUCGGUAAAGGAUUCUUAAAUACUAGUUAUUUUAAAUUGAAUAAAUGUAUUUUAAAAUAGAUUUUACAACCUACGCCCUUUACAAUGUUGUAUAAUACUUGAUACAUUCCAACCACCUAUAUUAUACUCUAUAUUCGUGUGCCUAUUACUUCAAUAAUUUACUUAUGAACAAUUGUUACUACUUAUUUUGUAUUUGUGUACAAAUAUCUUCCUAGAAUAUUUCUAAUUAGUUUUAUCACAUUCCAAGAACUGCCCAGUGGUUGCGAGUGUAAUCAUUAAAUCUAUAUAGGUAGGUAAUUGUCUUUUUUACAUUUUAGUUUUGAUAUUAUGUACCUUAUUAAAGGUUUUUUUUUCAUUGUAUUACUUUAUACAUUCCGUGUUUUUAGUAUUAUAUACAAAAUGGUUAGUGAUAAAUUGUUACUUUCUCUCCCCAUUAGAAUUAAAAAGUUAAUAUUUAUACUCGAUGUAAAUAAUUUAUUGCAUUUCUUUACAUGAUAAUAAUUUGCCAUUAAAAAAUUGAGUCUAGAAUAUAAAUGUAAUAUUAUUUUACUUGAUUAAUGUUAAGAAUUACUACGUUGUCAAACAGUAUUAUUAGUAACAUAACAGUAUUAUUUAAUAAAAAAAAUAUUUACAUAUC